AUGCCUGGCAAACUAGAAGAACUUAUAGAGACAAUUAACAAAGAAGACAACAAUAAAAUGUCAUGUAUUAUUGCUAAUGAUUGCAUGCGAUGGGCCAUAAAAGUCGCAAAGAAGAUGGGAAUUAGCAGAGCAGCCGUCUGGCCAGCCACAGUUACUACGCUAACUUCCAUGUUGAGCUGUCAGAAAUUGAUUGAUGGUGGAAUCAUUAACAAGAAUGGCAUACCUCUAAUUCAGCAUAUGAUUAAGCUAUCAGAAACCAUGCCACUUAUAAAACCAACCAACCUCUGGUGGAUGCGCUUUGAGGACUUGCCCACUUCAGAAGCUUUCUUUGAAGUUGUAAAAGAAGCAGUUGAAGCUUCCAGAUUGACGGAAUGGCAUUUAUGCAGAUCAACUACUGAGCUGGAGCCUGGAGCACUUUGCUAG